UUUGAACUUCAAUCAGAUUAAGAAAAAAAGGUAAAUGGAAUUUUCUUUGUGGUGCUCACAGCAUUGGUUCCUUCUUGACCUUGGAUACGGGCUUAAUAAUACAGUCUCAGCAUAAGGCUCAUCCAACAGCUGUUACAUAGCUCUGCUUUGAGUAGUUGAGCUUGAGAACAGCUAUUGAAUGGACUUUGUGGUUGGAUUGUUUUGUCAAUUAAUAGAAAGAAAAAAAAAAGGUCCCUGAAUCUCUGGAUAAGUUCAAAUAAAGUUUCAUUUAUCUGCGUUUCAUCAGCAUCACGUAGACUUAAAAUGUGUAACGUAGGUGAAAUGACUUCCACUAUUUUGUGGUGCCAAAUAAAAACGUGACGCUUACGCCUGGUACCUUCGGUCGAGGUGUUUUUGUGCACGGUGGAAAAAGCAAAGAUGCAAGGAAGUGCACAAAGUGGUAGGCAAGCAAAUGAGGUCAAGGUCGUAGUGAUCGCUGAGGACACUGAGCUCAUGUCCUCAAGUCAAGUGCAGUUUUGUUUUUAUUUAUUCCAGUGAAGGACAUGAGUGAGUGUGUUCUCUGCUCUUUUACUACAGAUACACAAGAUUAAUGCUGCAAGAGAGAGAGAUGGAAUAUUUCAUAACUGUAAGGAAACAUAUGUGGUUCUUUUAAUAGUAUUAAAGUGUCGUGAGAUCAAAACUUUUCCAAAGCAGAAGCUGUUGACUCCUCUGUGGAAAUGCAUAUUUAAUCCUGAGCAACAGGACCCAGUAAAAUGUAUUCAACAUGGUCUGAAUGUGUGCUCGGCAGCAGGGUCACAGUAUGUGGCUAAAGUGGGUUCAGCACUAUGCAGAGGUGAUUUUCCUGCAGUUGAACAUGUACAUUCUGUGCAUCCUAAUUAUUACUGAUGAAAUCAUUCUUACAGUUUAUCUUCAAGAAGGAUCAAGCUUGAUUCACAAGUUUUUAUUUUAAAUUAAAUCAUUGUAUGUUGGACUCUCGCGUGACUUGAUUAGUUUAACAGAAGGUGCAACACACACCUCAGUGUUGAGCAGCCAAACAUCAGCUAACCACUUCCUGCUCUCUGUGCGUCCUCCACAAAUAUAUUUCAAAGCGAAUGGUAAAGUUCCAGUCUGUAUUUUAUCUGACAGGCAUCAUGAUCAGCUUAACCGGAGCAGCUCUGUUCUUGAUUCAGCUUUUAGUUGUGUGUCAAGUCUUUGCAGUGAUUCCUUCAUUUGUCCAGAGGAAUAUCUCGGUGCCCAGGGGAGACUCCAUCACCCUCACUUGCAACAUAUCCAUGGCUAAUGUAACGCAAAUCAACUGGACCAAAGGCAGAUCUGUUUUUGCUCAUUCAGUCUUACGCAAUCAGAAUUUUUCCAAUUUCACCUCUCACUAUAUAAUAGACUUAAACUUACCUUCAAAGCUGAAUAUUUCUAAUGUUCAGCAUGAUGAUGCAGGACUCUAUAGAUGUAAUUUAACUGACGCAAAAGGCCAACGGACUAUUGAGUGGAAUUUAACAGUGUCUGAGAAACCUGAAGGACAAAACAGUCUACCGUGGUAUUUUCCAUACAUACUGACAGCUGUAAUUGGAUUGCUGCUAUGUCUCCUCACUCCAGCUGUUUGCCUCAGCAGAAAAAACUGGACCAAGACCCAAAACCAGGACCAGGACAGCAGGACCCUGAGUUGUGCCCAGUACCAGGCUCAGUUGGGAAGAGAGGUGGCUCCACUUCAGCCCCACAGCUGUGCAGAGUACAGGACAAAUCACCAGCAGAGGGAGUCAGUACUUCAGGAGGCUCAGUAUGAAGCUGAGUGAGAAACAAGACACAUGUUGGACAUAGAGUGCAGCAAUACUUUUUUAAACAAUACUUUUCUUUGUGUGUCAGUCUGGACAAGUUAUUAUGUGUAUCUUAACUCACUCAUGAUUGUGACUUCUGUGUUCCACAAUUAUGACUCGCUAUCUUGUUAGAGAAAAGGCUAUAUAAUAUGUGUUACACAGUAAACUGUGACUCAUCAGAUUCUGUGCGGCCAAAGCAACAUUUUUAUCAUACUUUAUCACAU